AUGGAGUUCUCCUCAAUGGGCUUCAUAGCAAAACUGUUCAGGUGUGGCGACCUGAGGUACAUGAUUCACGCAGUCGCUCUCUACUAUCAAUACAAGCCAGUAGACUGGAUACUCAUGGAUAUCAUACGUAGUCGCUAUUGCAACCCGGAUAAAACUAAGCAAGACUGCGACAAGGUGAUUCGAUGUUUCGUAAUCAACUCAGGAACAUCACAGUUUCAGCAUGUCGGCAAGGUUUCUUCACUAGCGGGAAAAAUACAAGGAAUUCGUGACCAUACCUUUGGUACAGGGAGAUCUGAGGCUAGUUCAUGGUCAAAUCCUCCAGCUGUUGUCAACACUUCAAUGCCCACAAACAGGAAAUAUGAAGCGCAACUCGGCUACACCAAGAUCGUAGGCAUAUGGUUUACGAACGCUACCGAAGGAAGCUACAUGUCGAUCAAAUUCACGACGUCUCUCAAAGUAACAGGUUUGUGA